AUGGCAGGUGCUCAUACCCUCAUGCUUCACAAGGAGACUGAUUUAAAGCAAUCGCUCCAAUGUUUCAGUCUUCUUCACCAGAAGUUCCGUGAUCUUGACCACUGGCGAGAACUUCAUCACCGCAGCACCACAGCAUACAUUCAAGGGCCCUUGUACUGGUCUGUUCUCUCCAGGGCCAAUAACCCUACAGAUGAUGGCUAUGUGGAUAAGUUGUUUCCAUUUGCACUCAUGUUCUCUUCUGUAGAGAGCGCUUGUGCAUGGGUACUCUGCUCCACCAUAAUGCUUGAUGUCCUCUACACAAUCUCGCUUCUCGGCUUGUCGAACGUCAGUAAUGACAAAACACUUCCAUCUCUCACGGAUAUCAUUGAAGAUAAGAUCCCGGAGUACAAUGCGUCUAAUAUAUCAUCCAUCGGCCUGACAGACGCUGACAGGCUAGCUCGUAUGCUCUGCCAAAGCAUUGAGUUCUGCUAUCGCCGCGUGAAUGGUACAUUUGGCCCGCAGAUGACAUCUUAUACCCAGAGCAUACUACUUAGGUAUGUUAGCUACCGAGGACUUAAUCGGGAGCUUGAGUGGUGCAUAGCAAUCAAGGACAUGAGGGGCCCCGGUACUAAUUUUGAUGUUAAUGUGAGGCAAUUUGGGUCAGCACCCCCGUGA